AUGGAACAAUCAGACGCCAGAAUAAGCAACCCGCAGAUCUCUACAACUCCAGUGCAGCAAAAUCAUGGCAUUGAACUUGAGACAGUAAAAAACGCCAAGGAAAAUUCAUCAUCGAAAGAUGCGGAAGCGUUACAAGUUGAUGACGGCACGCAGCCAAAGCAGAAAAAGUCUCUGGCCUUCAAAUUGGCUUUCACAGGUUUGUCUGCUACACUGUUCGUGUUCCAAGUAGAUGCAACAGCACUUGGCAUUGCAUUACCGACAAUAGCCAAUGACCUCAGAGGCUCGAGUCUAGAGUCCUUUUGGGCCAAUCUUUCCUAUACACUAUGCGGCCUUGUGAUGCAACCUGUAUGGGCAAGCAUAUCCGACGCGUUCGGCCGAAAACCGCCACUCUACGUCUGCAUUGGACUAUUCUUUAUUGGAUCAAUCACCUUUGCUGUUGCUCAGAACAUGAAGACGAUAAUCGUGGGCCGUGUACUCCAGGGCUUUGGUGGCGGUGGUAUCGAUGUUCUUAUUCAGGUUAUCCUCGCCGACAUGACAACACUCGAGGAACGAUCAAAAUAUCUAGGUUUGAUGGGCAUCCCAAAUGCAGUAGGCAACAUUCUUGGGCCAUCUUUGGGCGCAUUGUUCUCUACGUAUGCCACUUGGCGAUGGAUCGGAUGGAUCAAUCUCCCCAUUCUUGGGUUUGGAACACCCUUGGUGUUCUUCUUUCUCAAGUUACGGCCUGUCACGAUGGACGCGUCGCUUGCUAGCAACAUCGAACGCCAUGACUGGGUUGGAAUGGGCCUCGUUGUCUCUGGCAUCACUGUCUUUGUGUUGCCGCUAAGUUGGGCUGGCUCCUUGUUUCCAUGGGCCGCAUGGGAGACCUUGGUUCCAAUGAUUCUGGGUGUCUUGGUGCUUGUCGCUUUCGUCUUUUACGAAGCGAAGCCUGCAGCACCAAUCAUGCCUCAUCGGCUGUUCCAUUCCAUCACCGCCAACAUGACAUUGCUUGGAGGGUUCAUUCACGGAGCCAUCCUUGUUUCGUUACUCCAGUAUCUACCUCUGAUUUUCCAAGCCGUGUAUCUGGAAACGCCGAUCAAGUCAGCUGUCUUCCUGUUACCAACGUCUAUCAUCAGCGUGUUCAUUGCAGUAAUCUCUAUGAUGAUGGUACCACUAUUUGGAGGCUACACCUGGCUACUGAGGCUCUCAUGGGCCCUGUUGGCUCUGGGUACCGGGAUUCUGGCAAUCCUAAAUCUCAAUUCGCCUUCAUCGAUGCUCUAUGGACUUCCUAUAAUAUGGGGGACAGGUGUUGCUCUUCUUCGACUCAAUCUUCUACCGAUGCAAGCCAGCGUCAAGAAUGUCGAUGAUACAGGCGUUGCAAUCGGGCAAUUUCUCACGAUUCGUAUGUUUGGAGGUUUGAUCGGGUUGACCAUCGCCUCUGCAAUAUUCAACACUGUCUUUGGAAAGACUAUCGCCUCAAGCUCGUUGCAACUUGCGGGGCCUCUAGCACCUUUGGGGGACGCAUCCAAGGCCGUCGCUUUCAUCAAAGAACUCAGGUCCUUGAGCAUUCCUCAGAGAAUACUUGAUGAAGUGCUGAGAGUCUACCUCAAAUGUUUUCGCACGAUCUUCUACACAAUGGCGGGCUUGGGUGCUUUGGGACUGCUGACGUCUAUGUUUCUUGAGGAGAUUGACCUCAAGAGCCAGGACCGUGGCAAUCAGCGUUUUGAAGACUAG